GCUCUAAGAUGUUACGGAGCGUUCUUCUGCUUGGUGUUUUCAUUGCUGGGUGCCUCGGCUCCUUGCUGAAGGUGUUCCCACCAAUGCCGGACCCCUUAAUUGUUGGAGGAAGCGAGGUCGACAUAUCUGAACAUCCGCAUCAAUUGAGUCUGCAAACCACCGGGCACAUUUGUGGUGCCUCGAUCAUCAGCAGCAAAUGGGCCGUCACUGCAGCUCAUUGCGUGGGAGGCAGUCCCAGCCGAUAUUCUCUACGAGCAGGUAACAACGAUAAAAAUCUGGGCACACGUUACAAUAUAAAGAACAUUAUUCCACAUCCUGAGUUCAAUCAGAGAACCAUAGACUACGACGUGGCGCUGCUGGAGAUUGAUGGUACAAUCAGCUUCAAUUCGAAAGUGCAACCUGUGAAAUUGGCAACCCAGGAACCAUCGGCUAGCACAAUGUUGAACGUGACUGGUUGGGGCGCGUUGAGGGAAGGUGGAUCAGUUUCGUCACGUCUGAUGAGUGUAUCGAUCCCUGCAGUGAGCAGACAACAAUGUUCUAGCAUUUACCAAAACCAGAACACCAUCACCGAAAGGAUGAUAUGCGCUGGUUACACCUCUGGUGGAAAGGAUUCCUGUCAAGGUGAUUCCGGUGGACCUCUGACAGCCAAAGGAACUCUCUACGGCAUCGUGUCUUGGGGCUACGGAUGUGCUAGACCCAAAUAUCCUGGCGUGUACUCCAACGUAGCUGCACUACGAUCCUGGAUCAGGAGUAUUAGUAACGUUUAAAAAACGCGUCGCUACAAAUUAUAGUCGAAAUUAUAGUCGAAAUAGCAUAAUUAUCCAUCGUUUUCGUAUUGGAAACGCGAAACGUAUUCUUUAAUCGGUGUAUAUUCCCUUCUUUAAAAAUUAUUGUGAAAUUACAUAAAUAAAUGAGAGCAUAA